AUGGCGGACGGCCCGGACAUCCUGGUGUACCACUGCCCGCCGACGCGGUCGGUGCGCGUCGUCUUCCUGCUAGAGGAGCUGGGGCUGCCGUACAAAGUGAAGCGGGUGCCAAACCCCGAGGAGCACCGGGGCGUCCUCAGAAACGACCCCGAGUUCUCGCGGAUCAACCCCGAGGGACGGCUCCCGACGAUCAAAGACGGCGACAUCGUGAUGGAGGAAUCAAUCGCCAUCAUGGAGUACCUCCUGGAGCAGUACGACCGCGAGCACAAGCUGGCGCCGCCCGUCAAUCAGAGGGUGCCACGUGCCGACUUCCUGAAGUGGCUGACGUGGAGCGAGACGUCGCUGUCCGUUCCGCUCGGGGGCUGGCUGCGGCACGUCGCGCUGCUGCCGGAAGAGGAGCGCGACGCCAAAGCCGCGGAAAUGUACCAGAACGCGACCAUAGACGCGCUGCGGGCUCUCGAGCAGGGCCUCGAGGAGAGCCCGGGGGGCGUGGUGGGGGGCGACUUCACAGCCGUGGACAUCAGCUUACUUUUCGCUGUGUACAUUCUGGCAGAGAACCCCCGGGUUAAGGUGCUUAACCAGGAGAACUACCCGAGGACGUACGAAUGGUACCAGAGAGUGAAGGAGCGGCCGGCGGCCAAGAAAGCGUACGAUUGA